GAAUCUCCAGCUUGGACCGCCUUUCAGAUACAGAAAAGAAUACGCGUUGAGAUGUCGCUUGCCGGCGACCUACAUCCCCAGCCAGAUCAGUGUGGACUGCCUGAUGGAGGAGCAGAAGGAGCCAUAGGCUUGUGGAGCGGCAUGGUCAGCCUGUUGGUGCAGUCCCUACUGGCCGCUCAGUGUCAGGUGUCUCCGCCGGGUCUAUGGCCUUCGGAUUACAAGGGGGAUCUUAGUGAACCCUAUGAUUUUGUGGUGAUAGGAGCAGGAUCGGCGGGAUCUGUGGUAGCCAGUCGGCUUAGCGAGAAUCCCAAGUGGCGUGUAUUAGUCUUGGAGGCCGGUGGAGAUCCCCCAGUGGAGUCGGAGCUUCCAUCGCUAUUCUUUGGCCUACAGCCCUCGGAGUUCGUGUGGAACUACUUCACCGAACCCAGCCCAGAAUCCUGUCGCGGAAUGAAGGAAGGACGUUGCUAUUGGCCGCGUGGCAGAAUGUUGGGCGGAUCGGCAGCUGCCAAUGCCAUGCUAUAUGUCCGGGGCAAUCGACGGGACUUUGAUGGCUGGGCGGCCAUGGGCAAUCCGGGAUGGAGUUACGACGAGGUCCUGCCCUUCUUCGAGCGAUCCGUAACCCCACAGGGCAAUGCCACCCAUCCCCGAGGCUAUGUCUCUUUGAAUCCCUUCGAGCGGCAUGAUGAGGAUAUACACCGUUUGAUCCUAGACGGAGCCCAAGAGCUGGGAGUCCCACAUGUCAAAGCUUUUCAAGAUGGCAGUGAAACGGGCUAUGCCCAUGUCCCGGGAACCGUGCGAAAUGGCCAAAGGAUGAGCACUGGAAAGGCCUAUCUGGGUGCAGUGGCCCCGACAAGACCCAAUCUUCACAUAGUGAAGAAUGCCCAAGUCACAAGACUGCAUCUGGCUGAGGAUGAACAUCAUCAGCAUCAGCGUGUGAGCUCGGUGACCUUUGAGAAAGAUGGAAGCCAGCAUAGGGUUGAGAUCGCCAGGGAAGUUGUGCUCUCCGCAGGAGCCAUAGAUUCUCCAACCUUGCUCCUGCGCUCUGGAAUUGGUCCCAGGCAGCACUUGGAGGAGAUGGGCUUGCCCGUGCUGGUGGAUCUGCCAGGAGUUGGCCAAAAUCUACAGGAUCAUGUGCUAGUGCCGCUCUUCAUGCGCCUGGAUGAGGGCCAGGCCAAGGCUGCCACCGAGCAGGAGAUUCUGGAUGAUGUAUACAAUUAUUUGGUGCAUCGCAAGGGUCCUCUCAGCACGCCCAGCACAGCUCCCCUGGUGGCCUUUGUCAAUACGAAUGCGAGCAGUGAGAGCGUGUAUCCGGACACGGAGUAUCAUCAUUUGUUUUUCCAGCGCGGUCGCCAUGACUCCUUGGGCAUCCUCACCCGGGGUCUGUCUUUCCAGGAGCAGUAUGUGGAGCGUUUGCAGGAUUAUCUGAGGGACUCACAUCUCCUGUGUGUCUUUGUUCUGCUCUCACAUCCCUUGGCCAAGGGUGAGCUGAACUUGCGAAGCCAAGAUCCAAGAGAAGCACCCAUCCUGACCAGUAACUAUCUAACGGAGGAGGAGGAUGUGGCCACUCUGUUGCGAGGAAUUGGCUAUAUGGAGGCCUUGGAGCAGACGAAAGCCUUUCGGGAGCAUCGCGCUGAGUUGGCCCACAUUCCCAUCGAGGAGUGUGACCAGGUGGUGGAGAGCUAUCGCAGCGAGGAGUACUGGCGCUGCUAUGCCAAAUACUUCACAGUCACCUGCUAUCAUCAGUCGGGUACGGUGAAGAUGGGUUCCCGUCAGGAUCCUGAGGCCUGUGUGAAUCCCUUGGACCUGAAGCUACAUGGUUUCACCAAUCUCCGGGUGGCCGAUGCCAGUGUCAUGCCGGCGGUGGUCAGUGCCAAUACGAAUGCGGCCACUGUGAUGAUUGGGGAACGGGCAGCGGAUUUCAUAAGGGAGGAAUACGAUCACCAGGAGAAGGUGCCGCCGUUGGCGCCACUGCACAUGCAUGCGGAUGGAUUGUAAGAUCUUGGGAUUGUACUAUAUAUAUAUAUUCCCAUCGAUUCCCAUUUUCAUUCAAAACACAGCAUGGUGUAUGGAUCACAUUGCUAGCUGGCAGAUUGUCAACAAGUGUUGUUCACACCGAAAACAAAUAUUGUUAAGAGACUCAAGCUUAAUUUCAGCUUCAUUUAUAUCAAAUUAAGGGCCAUAAAUAUUUUAAAUUUUAGGCUGCUUCCUAUUUUCAAAAUGUUUUAAAACAGUUCACCUUAAAACACCUAAAACUACCUAAACUUUUCAUAUAAAAAAUUUUAUUUCAACCCUAAACAAAUCAAAAAAUAU